UAUUUGGCCAUUACAAGGCACCCUUUUUGUAAAAUUGAACCUAUAUCUAAGAGUCCCUUUAAAUUAACUGUACUAAAUUGAAAAUCUCUUUCUUCUGCUCUGACAUCAUGUCUAGAGGAAGUCUCCUAUCUGCUGCUUACAGAGCCCUCCUCCUUCAUCAUCUUCUUCUUCUUCUUCUUCUUCUUCUUGUUCCUUCCUCUUGUUCCCAAACAGUUUCCAAUAAUAUUACAGCUAAUAAAGCUCAUGAUAACUCUGAUUGUACCCGUUCUUGUGGAAAUAUUAACAUAAGCUCUCCAUUCCGAUUGAAAGGAGACUCUAAACACUGCGGCAACAAAAGCUUCGAGCUAUCUUGUGAGGCCAAGGGAAAUGGUACUACUCAUCAUGCAGUGCUAUACUUUUUAUCAGGAAAGUAUUAUGUACAAGCAAUCAAUUACAAUAACUUCACAAUCCGACUUGUGGAUGCUGGUGUUCACAAGAUCAAGGACAACUACUUCUCCCACCCACUCUACUCCUUCACCCCCUUCAACCUUUCUUAUUCUGAUUAUUACAGCCCCAUUUACAGUUAUGAUUACCCAACAGCAUCAUCAAUGUCUAUAAUCUUCCUGAGCUGUAAAAAUCCAAUGAAUUCUUCUGCUGUCAUUGUUGAAACAGCUCCAUGCAUCAAUGGGAUCAGCAGCUAUUCUUCUUUCCCCAAUUUAACAACGUAUUCUUAUUUCAUGGUUCUGCGUGGCUACGAGAAUGGCCUAUCCGAUUUGGGGGUGUCCUGCAAAAUAACACUAAUGGUUAUGGUGUCCCCUUCAACUGAGGAGCACAUGACGUCUUGCAAAGGAAUAUAUAAUGAAAUAGCGCAUGGCUUUCAACUCUCAUGGUUUCGUCAUGCAUGUGUAGGAAAGUGCAGACCAGAGGAAUAUUGCGAGCUGAACAGCAACGGCACUGGAAUUCAAUGCUCACCAGGACCAGUACCAGACCCAGAAGAAGUAGAAGUACAAUAUUGGUACGACAAGAUCAUGAUGUCCAUAAUCAAUAAAAUAGGCGAGUGGAUCCCUCAACUCUGUAAAUUUACUUCUGUUGCAGGACCCCGGCUUGAGAAAAUAUAUGAGCUCUUCGGCUUUGAACGGCGUUUCCCUAUGUAUGAUUACAGCUUAUACCUUGGCCAGCUUCUGGGAUGUGCAGUCGCUUUCCUAGCAAUAUACCUGGCAGCCAAAUUUUCAUUGGGUUUUCCCUUUGUAACUGCACUGCUAAUAUAUAAAUGGCGAAGGAGGCACUUGUCAAUGUAUGAGAAUAUAGAAGACUUUCUACGGAGUAAUAAUAAUCUCAUGCCAAUAAGGUACUCUUACUCGGACAUAAAAAAGAUGGCCAGAGGUUUCAAGGACAAAUUGGGGGAAGGAGGCUAUGGCUCUGUAUACAAGGCAAAGCUCCGCAGCGGUCGCCUUGUAGCCAUCAAGAUGUUAGGCAGGUCCAAAAUUAAUAAUGGCCAAGACUUUAUCAAUGAGGUUGCUACCAUUGGAAGGAUUCGCCAUGUUAACGUGGUGCGACUUAUUGGCUUCUGUGUUGAAGGUUCAAAACGUGCUCUUGUAUAUGAUUUCAUGCCUAAUGGGUCUCUUGAGAAAUACAUUUUUUCUCAACAAGGAGUUGUCUCCUUAAGUUGCCAUAAAAUAUUUGAAAUCGCACUUGGAAUAGCUCGUGGUAUUGAAUAUCUCCAUCGAGGUUGCAACAUGCAAAUUUUGCACUUUGACAUCAAGCCUCACAACAUUCUUCUAGACGAGAAUUUUACUCCCAAGGUCUCUGAUUUUGGAUUAGCAAAGCUAUACCCAUUGGAUAAUAGCAUUGUAUCUUUGACUGCAGCAAGAGGAACCAUGGGAUACAUUGCUCCAGAAUUGUUCUACAAAAACAUUGGAGGUAUUUCGUACAAAGCCGAUGUGUAUAGUUUCGGAAUGCUAUUGAUGGAAAUGGCUGGUAGAAGGAAAAACUUGAAUGCGGGUAUAGAACAAUCAAGCCAAUUUAGCCAAAUCUACUUUCCGACAUGGGUUUCUGAUCAGUUGAAGGCAGGAAAGGACAUAGAAAUAGGAGCUGAUGCAACAGAUGAGGAAAAGAAGAUCAUAAAGAAGAUGAUGAUGGUGGCUUUAUGGUGCAUACAAAUGAAGCCUAUCGAACGCCCUUCAAUGAAUAAAGUAGUGGAGAUGCUUGAAGGAGAAAUUGAGAGCCUCCAAAUGCCUCCAAGGCCUUUCUUAUACCCACAACAAAUUCCUGCAGAUGAAGUUGGUGUGGACAAUCUAAGUCCCUGUGCAUCAAGUGCUUCGGAAUCUGAAGAGAUUACUUUGAUUGCGGAUGCAGAUGAAGUGAAUUAAUAUUGGUCACGAUGUGGAUCUAUGUAAGGGAAAGUUAGUAUUUGAUCAUAGCACAAAUAUGUUUACAUGUUGUAAAUUGAUUUAAGCAAAUAAUCAGCCUCUGCCUUUGGUUAUUGUAUGAGAAAGUGCCUGCCAGAAAUGCAAUGACUUGAACUUUGAUGACAAUUAGGUUUACACAAAUGAAUUGCCCAAGAGAAACAA